UGUCAACGCUCGGAAGUGGCUCACCUCUCACACAGCCCUUGAGGAGCCUGACCUGCAGCCGCCUGGUGCUGAGUUCUAUCUGCUACUUGGGCUGGUCUCUCGUAUGGCCAGUAGCUGGAACUGCAGAGCUUGGUUGUGCCAUCCAUAUCACCUGCGAACACCAUCAGUCCUCACGGUUCUGUGAGCGGCAUAGAGUGAGUCCCACUCCCAGUGCGGAGUGUCGAGCCCAGACACCACCCCUCAGCGUACUCGCGCAUACACACAUGCCCAGCGUGUAGAUUCUACGGAUUGCCUGGCAAUCCGCGUGUGCUCCCAUCACUCACACUGGCCUGUGGGGCCUUGAAACGCACGCCAUCCCGGUCCCAACGCUCCUUUUCAAGUCGACUUCGUUUGGUGGACUGCAGCAAAAAAUUACAAUGGCUGUCGAACGUUCAGAACGCCACGCUCAAGCGCAAGGAGUUGUAAGAGUUGGGGAGGACCGCUCUUGCCCCCAAUCAGCAGGGGAACGCUCAGGAAGGCUGUCAGUGUCACUGCAGGGGAACUCAUUAGGCAGACGGUCGACACCGUACGGCACUACUGCCAGAAGCUGUUUCACAACGUCAAGCAGAUGCACGCUGGCUCACCUGGUGCUGGCUUACUUGUUGGCUUCCGCGUGCGUGGCCCUGGUUAGCCCCUUGCCCACCAGUACAAGUACAGGCAUGGCUGACAGACCAACUGACAGUUCCACUGCAGCAGUUCCUGGGAACAGCACAGAGUCUGGAGCUGAAGACCAUAACGCACUAGUAAGUGCUACUGCAACUGCCAAUACCCAAUCAACCAGUGCAGAGCAAGCAUCAGUGAGCCUGAGCCAGAAUCAUCCAGGAGGCAAGAUUCGCCAGUACGCGGACGGUGACAUCAAUGGAGACCUACUGAGAAACCUGCUGGGCUUUGAUGUUCCAAGAACCACUGCAGCUACGGAAGAAAGCGGAACACUUGGCACCCCGGUCAGCACGGCCUCACUCCCGGACCGGAUACCGGGCAUUAUCCCAUUCGGAGAGCGGAACCUUGUGCCGGAGACGAAAACAGAUCCGCCGGUGGUAGCGCACAACCCAGAACGGUUAGCAGCCUUCACCAAGGAACUGCGGCAGCACGAGCAUUGCACGCGCUCCACAAAGCGGCUGGAGAAGCGCCUGUGCAAAGGCAAGGAGACGAAGACGUUCUACGUGCCGGUGUGCAGAGGAGUAUGCAGUUCGGUCAUUGAGCUACAAGCCGUGCCCGUAUCGGCGAUGGACAUCGAGCACCGUGACGUGAUUUCCAGAGCGUCCCACUGCCGAUGCUGUAAAGCGCACACGUCCCGGCUAGUGAAACAUCACCGUAGGUGUUCUGAUGGCAGUCACGACUUUGUCUGGCUGCGACAAGCCGACACCUGUGCAUGCUCGGCGUGUGGUGCUUGAUCCGUGCAGCAGAGAACACAUUCUAGCUUUGUAUCAUUUCCAGUUAUCCACACAUCAAUGAGAAUUAUAUCAGUUCCCUGGACGUGUUGCCGCUAAUGACGUUUAUGCAAUAUCAGCCUGCUAAAGUGCCCCCAGGGUCCAGCACACCGGCUCAUCGGCCUUGAAGAGCGAGAGGCAAAAGAGUCCAUAAGUAGCCAUUUACGGCUUGACUGCGCAUGCUCAGAGGGCCGUGCGCCAGACUGGCAUGCGGGCUGGCAUAAACCCACGGCUGGCUUUGCUGACUUCAAGCACAGCAUACGGUAUCUGAGCAUCUGCUGCUGAUGCUGCUGAUGAUGAUGCCACUACUGAUAGCUACAGACAGUUGGUUUCCCCCAGGAUAGUCGGGGGAUGAUCCUCGCGAUAUCCAGUGGCACUGUCAGCAUUCUAACAGAUCCAUCUCAGGCAGAUGAUCCCAGGCACUUGAGACCUAUUUCCCCCCUUGCUCACAAACCUUCAACCCAGAUCCAGGCUUGGCAUCGCAGACUCCAGGACUUGAUUGCUCGAUUCUUCCGCACCGAUUGCUCCACGUUGAAGCCUGUCAGAUUCUUCCCUGGCUGCUCGGCAUGCGUUCCGUGUGCCAGCAGCCGAGAGAUACUAUUAUACUGUUGUGUUCAUCCUUCCUUCAGUCACACCUUUGCAUCCCUGCAACACUCAUAGUAGGCGAGAGCUUCUUCGGAAUCUAUCCUUUUAUCUACCUUUAUCACCAGGUUUUCUUCGGAUCAGGAAUCGUUUUCGUGAACAAAAGUAGCAACAUUAUCCCAAUACCACGUACGGUACAGUGGUAGCAUUCACGCUGUAUAUUUAUGUUGGAUUGGAUCUGCCAGAAAGAAAAUUUGGUAUUAAGACCUCA